AUGUCAAUAAUAACAAAAAGUCAAAUAAUUAUAAAUAAUAGUUGUAAAAGUUUGGUAAAAUAUAUUAAAGUAGCAAAUGUAUCAUAUUUAAUUGUUGAUAGGGAAGACACGAUAUCGAAUAUAUUAAUAAAUCAUUAUAAUAACAAACCAACCAAAGAAUAUAUAAAUCAAUUAUUAGAAAAUGGAUGUAUUUAUCAUCAAGAUUCAAUAGAAGUAACCAAGACUAAAACAAUUCCAAAAAGGGUUCAAAUCGAUAAAGUAAUUAAUAAAGGUUCUUUAUUGAAAUACUUUUUUUAUCCAAGAGUUAAUUCAACUGAUCAUAUAGAUUUCAAAAAUUUUAAUAAAUACAUAAUCUUUGAAAAUCAAUAUUUUUUAGUUAUUGAUAAACCACAUGGAAUCAAUGUUGGCCCAAUAGUUGAUCAUUUACAUAAUAAUUUUACAAGUUUUGUAAAAGAUUGGUUAAAAAAGAGGAAUAAUAAUAAUGAUAAUAAUUUAAUUUUAUAUAAUCCACAUAAUUUAGAUUCUCCUACAAGAGGUUUAUUUGUAAUUGCAAAGGAUUUUAAUUUUUUAAGUAAAUUUAAUAAAUUAUUAUCUGAUAAAAAAGUUUCAAAAAAAUAUAAAGCAUUUAUUCCAAUUAAAGAAAAUGAAGAAAAUAUUGAAAUUAAACCUGGAAUUUAUAAACAUUUUAUGGAAAUAACAAAUCAUUCACCAAAGAAAUUAUUUGAUGAACAAAAUCAAGAUAAUAGUUUAAAAGAAUGUUUAUUAAAAGUUUUAAAAGUUGAAAGAAAAGAAAUUUAUGUACCAUUAGGUUUAAAGGAUGUAUCAAUUGAUUUAUUACAAGAUGAUUUACAAUUUGAUGAUAUUGGUAAAGGUGAUUUUAGAAAACAAACAAAGAAAUUAUUAUUUAAUGUAGUGGAAAUUCAAUUAAUAACUGGUAGAACUCAUCAAAUUCGUGCUCAAUUAAGUAAAUUGGGAUUUCCAUUACUCUCUGAUAUUAUGUAUGGUGGUACAUCAUUGAAUCAUUUAAUAACUGAUGAUAAUGAUAUUAAAAAUUUUGAAUCUAAAUAUUAUCCAAAAAUGAUUGGUUUAGUUUCAUUCAAUUUAUCAUUUCAAUGUCCAAUAACAAAUGAAAAUUUUAAUUUUAAUAUUUCAAAUAAAUAA